AUCGCUUCGCCUCCCUCGUCCAACGGUGAGUCGUCUCCGCUAAUCUGCACUCCGGAAGCUCUCUCCCCACGGAUUAGGGUUUUGCCUUGUUGAUUUCAAUUUCUAAUUCCACCUACUAUGGCGACCUCGUGUGCGCAAAUCCACGUCCUUGGCUCCUCCGGCGUUUUCCCCUCUUCUCGGAUGCCGUCCUCCCGUUUUCCUGCUUCCAAUUCCCUCUUUUUGGGCCACCGCCGGCCGAGUGUAGUUCGUCUGUCAGGGCGACGGGGCCAUGGGUCAGGCUACAGGCCUUUGCGGGUGGCGUGCGAAAAGGUGGUUGGGAUCGAUCUCGGCACCACUAAUUCGGCGGUCGCCGCGAUGGAGGGUGGGAAGCCAACCAUCGUGACCAACGCCGAGGGACAGCGGACUACGCCGUCGGUCGUGGCCUACACGAAGAACGGCGAUAGGUUGGUCGGCCAGAUUGCCAAGCGCCAGGCAGUGGUCAACCCCGAGAAUACAUUCUUUUCGGUGAAGAGGUUCAUUGGACGGAAGAUGUCUGAAGUGGACGAGGAGGCAAAGCAAGUUUCCUAUAGGGUUCUGAGAGAUGAGAAUGGCAAUGUUAAGCUUGAUUGCCCUGCCAUCGGCAGACAGUUUGCUGCUGAAGAGAUCUCGGCUCAGGUUUUAAGAAAGCUGGUGGAUGAUGCGUCCAAGUUUUUGAAUGAUAAGGUUACGAAAGCUGUGGUUACUGUUCCUGCCUACUUCAAUGACUCUCAAAGAACAGCUACAAAGGAUGCUGGUCGUAUUGCUGGUUUAGAAGUCCUUCGUAUCAUUAACGAGCCAACAGCUGCCUCAUUAGCUUAUGGAUUUGAAAAGAAGAAUAAUGAAACAAUUUUGGUAUUUGAUUUGGGAGGUGGAACAUUUGAUGUUUCAGUUCUUGAGGUUGGAGAUGGUGUUUUUGAGGUGCUCUCAACAUCUGGCGACACACAUCUUGGUGGUGAUGACUUUGACAAGAGAGUUGUUGACUGGCUUGCUGCUGAUUUCAAGAGAAAUGAAGGAAUUGAGCUUUUGAAAGACAAGCAAGCCCUUCAAAGAUUAACUGAAACUGCAGAAAAAGCUAAAAUGGAAUUGUCCUCCUUGACUCAAACAAACAUUAGUUUACCCUUUAUCACAGCCACUGCUGAUGGUCCCAAGCACAUAGAGACAACACUUACAAGGGCCAAGUUUGAGGAACUAUGUUCAGACCUUCUUGAUAGGCUUAGAACCCCUGUUGAUAGUGCCUUGAAAGAUGCAAAGCUUUCAUUUAAGGACUUAGAUGAGGUAAUCCUUGUUGGUGGAUCAACUCGUAUCCCAGCAGUCCAAGAGCUUGUGAAGAAGCUGACUGGGAAGGAGCCCAAUGUGACUGUCAAUCCUGAUGAGGUUGUUGCUCUUGGUGCUGCAGUGCAGGCUGGAGUUUUAUCCGGCGAUGUUAGUGACAUUGUGCUUCUCGAUGUCACCCCACUGUCGCUUGGUUUAGAAACACUGGGUGGAGUAAUGACAAAGAUCAUUCCAAGGAACACCACAUUGCCCACAUCCAAAUCGGAAGUCUUCUCUACAGCAGCUGAUGGUCAGACUAGUGUUGAGAUAAAUGUUCUUCAGGGAGAAAGAGAGUUUGUGAGAGACAACAAGUCACUCGGCAGUUUCCGACUUGAUGGAAUCCCUCCAGCACCACGAGGUGUUCCCCAGAUUGAAGUGAAGUUUGACAUUGAUGCCAAUGGAAUUCUGUCCGUCACUGCUGUGGACAAGGGCACCGGAAAGAAACAAGACAUCACCAUCACUGGAGCUAGUACAUUACCUAGCAAUGAGGUGGAAAGAAUGGUGAAGGAAGCCGAAAAGUUUGCGAAAGAAGACAAGGAAAAGAGGGAUGCCAUUGACACGAAGAACCAAUCUGAGUCUGUGAUUUACCAGACAGAGAAGCAGCUCAAGGAACUUGGAGAUAAAGUACCUGCAGCUGUCAAGGAGAAGGUUGAAGCAAAACUCAAGGAUCUCAAAGAUGCUGUUGCAAGUGAAUCUUCUCAGGGCAUGAAGGAUGCGAUGGCUGCCCUGAACCAGGAGGUGAUGCAGCUCGGCCAAUCACUCUAUAAUCAACCAGGUGCAGGUGGCGCUGGUCCUGCUCCUGGAGCUGAUAGUGACUCUGCAACAUCAUCUUCCAAGGGGUCCGAUAAUGGUGAUGUAAUUGAUGCCGACUUCACCGAUAGCCAAUAAAAAUGGUUGGGAAGAAUCACAAGCACAGUGGAAUGAAGUUUAGUAGGAUUCAAAAUUUUCAAAAAUCCAUGUGGUUUUUAUAUGUGGAAGAGCAACGCUAGAAACACUCAAGGCGGAAACACAUGGGAUGUUUGCUAACCAAACCUGUUAGUUUGAGCACUUGAUAUGCCCCUGGAAAAGUCGAAUCGAGGAUUUACUUAGCUUUCAGAGGAAAGUUGCAUGCAAUUGCACUCUCUUUUGCAUGUUGGAAAUAUCAUAUCUAGUAAUGUUCUGAAAGCAAGAUGAUUUGUGUGGUGAUACAUUGUAUAUUCCUACUACUAGAUUGUCCUCAAAACUGCUUGGAUCUUUUAGCAAAUCUAAAAGCCAACUUCCUAGGUCA